GAAGCAGAAAGAAGAAAUCAUAGCCCGGUAUGGCCACUCCAAAAAUCCUAACGACACGCAACUUCCUCUCCUCACCCAGAGGCGGCUUCCUCUGUUUCUCCACAUGGAUGACUCCACCCACCUCCCACUGCCACGACCCAAUCCUCACAACCAUUUCCGAGGCCAUCAAGGUCUCACCAACGAAGCCUCUCCACUCCUCUCUCAAGCGUAUCCUGCCUUCACUCACGCCCAAUCACCUCAUCGAUCUAAUCAACCUCAACCCACACUCCCUCUCCCCACCCUCUCUUCUCUCCUUCUUCAAAUGGCUUUCCACUCAACACCACUUUCGCCUCUCUAUUCACUCCUACUGCACUAUGACCCACUUUCUCUGCACCCACAAAAUGCUUUCGGAGGCCCAAUCUCUUCUCCAAUUCGUCGUCUCUCGAAAAGGGAAGAACUCGGCUUCUUCCGUCUUCACUUCAGUUCUUGAAGCUAGAGGUACCCAUCAAUCGAAUUUGGUGUUCAGUGUUUUGAUGAAUGCUUAUACCGAUUCUGGCUAUUUCUCGGAUGCUAUUCAGUGUUUUAGGUUGGUUAGAAAGCAUAAUUUGCAAAUUCCAUUUCAUUCUUGCGGCUACCUUUUUGAUAGAUUGAUGAAAUUGAAUUUGACCAGUCCAGCGUGGGCGUUUUAUGAGGAAAUUUUGGAUUGCGGGUACCCACCAGAUGUUUGUAAAUUCAAUGUUUUGAUGCAUAGGUUGUGUAAGGAGCAUAAAAUAAAUGAAGCCCAGUUGUUGUUUGGUGAAAUUGGGAAGAGGGGCUUGCGGCCUACAGUUGUUAGUUUCAAUACUUUGAUUAACGGGUAUUGUAAAUCAGGGAAUUUGGAUCAAGGGUUUAGGCUUAAGAGGUUCAUGAUGGAGAAUAGGGUCUUUCCUGAUGUUUUUACUUAUAGUGUUUUGAUUAAUGGGUUAUGUAAAGAGGGUCAGUUGGAUGAUGCGAAUAAGUUAUUUUUGGAGAUGUGUGACAGAGGCUUAGUUCCGAAUGAUGUUACUUUCACCACUUUGAUCAAUGGGCAUUGUGUAACGGGCAGAGCUGAUUUGGGUAUGGAAAUUUAUCAGCAAAUGUUGAGGAAAGGUGUGAAACCGGAUGUGAUCACUUACAAUACUCUGAUUAAUGGCCUUUGCAAGGUUGGAGAUUUGAGAGAAGCAAAGAAGCUUGUGAUUGAGAUGACUCAGAGGGGUUUGAAGCCUGACAAAUUUACAUAUACAAUGCUCAUUGAUGGAUGUUGCAAGGAGGGAGAUUUAGAAUCAGCCCUGGAAAUUAGGAAAGAAAUGGUUAAAGAAGGGAUUGAGCUGGAUAAUGUGGCUUUCACAGCCCUCAUUUCAGGGUUUUGCAGAGAGGGACAAGUUAUCGAAGCAGAAAGAACACUGAGAGAGAUGUUGGAAGCAGGUAUAAAACCAGACGAUGCCACAUAUACGAUGGUCAUUCAUGGGUUUUGUAAGAAGGGAGAUGUUAAGACGGGUUUUAAGUUGCUCAAGGAGAUGCAAUGUGAUGGCCAUGUACCAGGGGUUGUAACCUAUAAUGUGCUUCUGAAUGGGCUUUGCAAGCAAGGGCAGAUGAAAAAUGCUAAUAUGCUCUUAGAUGCAAUGCUAAAUUUAGGAGUGGUUCCCGAUGACAUUACAUAUAACAUCCUACUUGAAGGACACUGCAAGCAUGGAAACAGGGAGGAUUUUGAUAAGCUACAAAGUGAGAAAGGACUUGUUCAAGAUUAUGGUUCAUAUACUUCGCUAAUUGGUGACUUACGUAAAACCUGUAAAGAACGCCAAAAGAGAUGAUUGGUUGCCAUGGUUUACAAACUUAAGGUCUCCAGUCCAGACCUUCAAGUUGGGUGGGGCUUGUGUUUGUAAAUAAUUGCUUUUGUUUCCCUGUUAACAUGGAUUCAAUGGUGGGUUUUGGCCUCUGUUUAACAGACCAGAGAUUGGACUAAUAUCCAAAGCAGUGAACCAUUCAACUUCAACUGUCUAGCGUAAUUUUUGGUACAGGAGAUCAUGCAUACAUUGGUUGUGGCUGAAAAUUUUUUGGAAGGCUAGAUUUUCCGUCAUUUGAACUCCCUUAUUCAGUCUUUCUUUGGGAAUCAUGUUGACAACCACAAACUUUUCGGAAGUCUAGCUCUCCUAGAAAGGUUUAAGAUGCCAUGAAUUAUGAUGGAUUGAAUAUUUGCAGUGCUAAAGUUAUGUUCAGAUUAGAGUAUAUUUGUUGCCAUAAAUUAUGAUUAGUCAUUGCUUCUGUAGAAUUUGCCAAGAGUCAGUCAUCAUUGGAGUUUCCAUCAUCAUGGCCUGGGAAUUUUGAUUGGAAUUCGUUUAAUUUGGAAAUCUAGAUUGCUAUUACUGAAGGGAACAUUCAAGGCCUCUAAUUAAGAGGUCAGUGAUGUUAAUAAUCCAGCUUUCAAACUAUAUGACAAGGGUCUGGGGUUAGUGUCAUGUAAAAACCCAUAAUUUGUUGGUAGAAGUAAAACCUUGGUGGUGCUACUGGCCCUUCUCAUACAAGUUCAGCUGAAGACAUAAGAGGAUUCAGUGGGCAGUUGCAUAUUAUCUGGAAGUAAUAUCUUUCCUUAUUAGGACAAAUUGAAGCCCCCAUCCUAUUCUGGGUCUGGAAUCAGAAAAGCGAAGGUCCGAGCAUGACUGCAUUUUAUGUCAUCUCAUGAGUGAUUCUCAAAAGGGAAAUAGAGCUGUUUCAAAUGUUUGGGGAACCAAAUAGACUUGCUUCAGACAGUAUAAUUCAAAAAUGGUCUGACACUCUAGAUCUCCCUCAAGGCUUAUUGAAAUGAAAUCCUUCCUUGCAGUGCAAAUGGAAGAGAAAGAUGAGUUUUGUUGACAUUUGCUUUUGUGGACUUCUGCUUAAGUCAGUGGCCUUGUAAACAUAUGAAGCUGAUCCACCAAUUCAAGGAUUGGCACCCAAUCAUAUAAAGAUUAGUUGAUGAUGCUGUCUUGUAUCUUUGAUGUUUUAUUUCUGUACUAACACAAAUGAGAUUUCAUAGAUGCAGUUUUGCAUCAUAAUUUUCAUGGGAACAUGCUAAACUCUCAGAUAUGAUAGCAAAUUAUGAUGGUAAGAUUAUUUUGGCCCAUUUGAUUU